AUGGCCGGCAUAAUGUCGUACGGCAAUCGGAAGCGGAAACCGGACUGCUGUAGCCGGCCAAAACCGUCACGCUGCAGCGGUGGCAACGGCGGAAACGGUGGCAAACGCAAGCACCAUUCGAAAAAGGACCGGCAUCGGGCAAGAAGAAAACGAAGAGGCAGUGAACAUCGCCGAAGAUUGCCGAAGCGUGCCGAAGCGAGGAUGCGAAUUCAAACCAACGGCCGAAGUGUGGAUGCGCUUUCGAGUUCGAAAAACAAACGGCCAAACAACGGCUUUCGAACUACCAUCUUCGAACUCGUUGACAAGACGUUUGACACGAAACUAUGGGAUCACGUUGGUGAGUCGGCGGCCACACUGGUAACAGCAAAUAAACAAGACGUCGUGAAUGGUGCAGCUGGCGGUGGUGGUAGUGUCGUUGGUGCAAGUAUUAUGUGCGAAAAUAACUCCGGCCCGGGCCCUGGCACGGGUGGACGGAAGCGGGGCCACCAGCAUCAUCCGCGCUUCGCGGGCACACGGCAAUCUACCGUUCCGGCGGAAGACGUGAUAGCUGCCCUGCGCGGUGCCUUCGACUGUGGCACCAACUCACUGUCCUCGUCGUCACUCUCAUCUUGCGCAUCGUCCCUGAACGUGUCGAUUACGGGUAGUGUUGGUGGUGGUGGUGGUGGGACAGGCAGUGACAGAAUAGUGACGGGUAGUGAAGAUGGGACCAACAACAACAACAACAACGGUAACCCACUGGCCACGGAGAGGACGACGAUUGCCAAGCAGUUGGAUGAUAACGAUGCAGAACUGUUGGAUGAUUAUGAAAUAGCAGCAGAAGCAGCAGCAUCAGCUGCAUCGGCCGACAUUGUAAAUAGUAAUAUCGCGAACAACAUCACAGCGCUCGGUGUACGGUGGAGUGGCGAGCCAAGCAAGGAAAACACCCCGGAACCGGAGCAGGACCGUCUAAACAACAAUCGCAGCCACACCAGCAGCAGCAAUCGUAGCAGCGUUAGUCCAAAAAAUGUGAUACCACUCGACGAGGUGGCCGAUACCGAUGGGACGACGAGGCCCCUUCCAGUGGAACCAGUCUCCCGGACGGUGGAACCAGACGACGAGGAGAGCAUAGAGCUGAAGCUGGAUCAGAUCACAAGCGGGAAGGAGCUGGUGCAGCAGAUCAACAAGAAGCUGAAGCGAAGCAAACGCAGUCCACAGGCGGACGAUGGCACUACACCGGCCAGCGGGAAAAAGAAAUCAUCUUCCAGCAGCAAGAAAUCUUCUUCCAAGACGUCCAACAGCAGCACUGGAGGAACGGAUGGAACGAAGCGGAAAAAAUCAAAGUCAGCAGCAGCGGCGGCAGCAGCAGCAGCAGCGUUGGAACAGCGGGCAUCGGGGGAUGGCGCAUCGUGCGAUCUGGACGCUGUAAUCGGAGGGCUUUUAGGGACAGGCGAGUACGGUGGCGGGCUUGCGGCGGGUGAUGGCUACAAGGAGCCAACGAACGACGAGAACGAUCCGGACGUGGCGGAAUGGGCGAAGCUGCGGUGUACGAGCGAACGGACCGAGGUUAUAGCGGAGCGGGAACAUCGAAGACAGAAGCGUUGCGCCGACUAUCCGGGGUUGGCAUUUGGGCGGUCCAUCUUUAGCUCCGACACGAUGAUGAAGUUCAACAUUAUCCGGAACGAGCUGCACAACAUCAUGAAAACGCAGCUAAAGCGGGCCGAAUCGGAAGUUGCCGCUCUGAACCGUCGUAUUCAGCUGCUGGAGGAGGAUCUCGAACGUUCGGAAGAACGUUUGGCAUCCGCCACCGCUAAGCUGUCAGAGGCUUCGGCCGCUGCCGACGAGAGCGAACGCGCCCGCAAGGUUCUUGAGAACCGCGCCCUGGCCGAUGAGGAGCGCAUGGACGCCCUCGAGAACCAGCUGAAGGAGGCCCGCUUCAUGGCUGAGGAGGCCGAUAAGAAAUACGAUGAGGUCGCCCGUAAAUUGGCCAUGGUUGAGGCCGAUCUUGAGCGUGCUGAAGAGCGCGCCGAAGCCGGUGAAGCCAAGAUCGUGGAGCUUGAGGAAGAGCUGCGCGUGGUCGGUAACAACCUGAAGUCGCUGGAAGUCUCGGAAGAAAAGGCUAACCAACGCGAGGAAGAGUACAAGAACCAGAUCAAGACCCUCACCACCCGUCUAAAGGAGGCUGAGGCCCGUGCUGAAUUCGCUGAACGUUCCGUUCAGAAGUUGCAGAAGGAAGUCGACAGACUCGAAGAUGAGCUGAUCGUCGAGAAGCUGCGGUACGCCGAAAUCGGAGACGAUCUUGACUUUGCCUUCGUCGAUCUCAUCCCCGGUAUCGAUCCGAUCUGGACGGAGCGUCGCCCGAAACCGAAGACUCCGCCGCCACCGCCGAAGUUGCCGACGCCACCACCACCACCGCCAGCACCGAAGGAGGAGGCAGCUGCGGCGGCCGGUGUCGAGGGUGAAGCGGCCGCGGGAGAAGGUGCACCGGCCGGCCCAACCAAGGCCCGCACACCGAGCCCGUUCGAGCUGCGCAAGCACUUCCCGCCAGAGGCGGCUGAGGUGCCGUACGUGCGCUCGUCGACCGGUACCACGCCCAAGUCGUCCCCAGCGAAGGAAGUGGCAGCACCGGCACCGGUGGAAGCACCGACAGAAGCAGCAGCAGCACCACCAGCGGCCGAAGGUGAUGCGGCUGCCGCCGCACCGGCUGCUGAUGCAGCACCGGCCCCAGAAGCGGCUGCUCCGGCGGAAGGUGAAGCCGCUCCUGCAGCGGAAGCAGCACCGGAAGCUCCACCAGCGGACGCACCAGCACCCGAAGCGGAAGCACCAGCAUCGUAAAGCCCUUCCCCC